UUUGUAUUUGGUCUAACAAACAGCUAGACUCCAUAGCCCUUCUUCCUAGAGUCAGUUGAUUUGAUAGCUGCAGCAGCAACUGACUGAUUUGAUCUUCAAAUUCAUUUCAACAGAUGGGAGAUAUUAAAAGCUAUCAUUUAUGUCUGGAUCCCUCUCUUUUGUUCCGCUCUCACUCACUUUCUCUCGCUACCCACCGGCCACGCACCACCAGUCACCACCUCCAAAGCACUGCUCGAGCACCCACCGCCGCGCCACCCAACAGCCGUUCCACACCACCGCUGGGAGAUAGUGUAGCCAACAGAGCUGAAGAGAUGCAGGAGGAGAACGUGGAUCAAAGUAGUUGUACUCUUUCCUUAAGUUCCACCCUUACUCAGUGUACAAGUUUAGGAACAGAUACAGUGCAGCAUAAAAAAAGAACCCGCGAUAGUGACUGUGAGAGUGACUGUGACAGCCGUUUUUAUUCUCCCACCAAUAUGCGGCAGCAGAAUGAAGAACAACUUUUUAAUGAGCUGUUCAAAGUUAGACGUGGACAUCCUACAUAUGGCAAAUACCGAAAUUGGUGUGAUAUUGCCUUAUGGGAGGAAAUUGUGAAAGAAUUGAGAAAGCAUGAUCCACGUAACAAUCCCACGAUAAGCGAUUUGUUGACAGUUGUUAUCAAAUAUUAUAAGGAGUAUAAAGAUGACCCUGACUUGUUGCAGCGGUCGAGUCAAUCUUUCAGGAUGAAUAUUCGUCAAGUGUUUGACCCCAUUCCUGACAUAUAUGGCUGUCUAACAUAUGAUGUCAUUGAAAGAGUGCACUGUAUAGUUAGGCCGCAAAGCAGUCUGAGUGGUGAAGCCAUAGAGUACCAAAAUAAUGUCCAUGCGUUGGAAUUCUUUAAGAACAAGGCGGGAAGGAUACUUCCCUCCACAUCAGAUAGAGGGGGAAUUAGAGAGUAUAAGAAGGAGAGGGGUUAUGGGGGGCUUCUAGCACUGCAAUAUGGCGAAGAUUUGACUGCUCUAGAAAUUGAUGAUGAAACGAAGGUUUGGUUUCUCACACAUUUUAAUUCAGACUCUGCUGAAUAUGAAUCUAUGGCAAAUUUCCCUCGUGAAUCAAGACUCAAUUGUCUUGUGAAACUUCUUCAACAAUAUCUUACACAAACAGAAAGUUCUAGCCACCAGUCCUCCAGUGCUAAGUCUUCUAGAAGAAGAAAAGAACCAAGGAUCAAUUCCUAGCUGUAUGGUAAGUUCAUGUGGACGAGCUGGACAGGCAAAUCAAUAUGAUGAAUGUGGGAAUCAGUGGGAAUGUUCUUCGCUGUUUGGCAGGCGCCCAUUUCUUCAUUUUAUUAUUGGUGGUGGUUUCAAUAGAUUGGUGAUGGCAAGAAGGCUUUGUGAAGGUUCUCACGUGAUGGUUGGUGCACCUGUGGCAUUAUGUUUUUAAUUUGCUGUUGUAAUUAAUUUCGGUUUGGAUAUUAUAUUCCAGCCAUGACUUGACUUUGGCAAUACAUUUAGGAGUAAUGGUGACUGGAACACCAAUAACCUUAGACUUGAUAAAGGAAUGAGAUUUCUUUCUUUUGAUA